AUGCUUCCCAUCGAAGUACUUCACUCCAGAUGCACUGAUCGCCACCAAGGAAUCCUCGGUGUUGAGGACUCCGAGGAAGAAAGGUUCCUGAGCUGGCUCAAUGAGCAGCCUGUGGAGUCCGUGCUCUACGUCUCGUUUGGAAGCUUUUCACUCUUGACUCCGCGGCAAAUUUCCGAGCUUGCUCUCGGGCUGGAGGCCAGUCAGCAGCGUUUCCUCUGGGUGGUGCCCGUAAAGAACAAGUCGAUGGAGGAGCUCGAGGCUCUACUUCCAGAGGGAUUUCUAAAACGCACCGAGGAGCGAGGCCUUGUGCUGCCUGGCUGGGCACCGCAGCAUCUUAUACUCGCCCACUCGUCGCUGGGAGGAUUUAUCAUGCACUGCGGCUGGAACUCGACACUGGAAGCUAUAACUCUAGCUGGAGUGCCGGUGAUCGGGUGGCCUUUCCUUGGAGACCAGGCCCCAAACUGCCGAUAUCUGGUCGAUGGCCUCUGCAUUGGAGUGGAAGUUAUCGGCAAUGAUAAUGGAUUAGUGGAGAGCGACGAGGUGGAACGAGCUGUGAGGGAGAUUAUGGACAGUCCUUGGGUGGAAGGGAUGAAAAGCCGAGUGAAGGAUCUCAAAGCCGCGGCAAGUAGAGCUGUGGCUCAAGGUGGAAGCUCUCAAAAAAACUUUGAUGUAUUUGUUGCAAGAAUUAAGUCACUGGGGGUUUGA